AUGCUUAAGGUUCUAGUUUCAUCCUCGCUGAGCUAUGCAGGUCCAACAGAAACAUCAUCUCAAGGGAUCACGUCGCAACCGCAAGCAACACUUACGGACACUAUUACAAGGACCGAUUCUACCAUAAUAUCAUCAUCAGCAACGACAACAGGUAGUAGUAGUGGAAGCAAGACUACAACGGGUGCUCCUUCGUAUGGCAGCACGCCUCCGGAUGUUCUUCUGAAAGUGCCAGAACUACAUGUUGGGAGGAUCGAGCUGGACGUGGACAACCUCAAUGCGGACAUUAAUCUAGCCGCGCAAGUGGCAAAUCUGGUGGAACUCAACGCCGGUAUUCAGGUCGGGGUGAGGAAAGUGAACAUCACGAUCGCCAACGUCGACGCGAACUUGGACCUGGUAAUUAGGCUAGGCAACCUAGCCGAUAUAGUGAACAGGACGUUGGAAUCGCUGAAUCUGAACCCGCUGCUCAUCAACGUGCUUAAUGAGGCUACAGACCUCGUCGACGUCGUGAUCGGAGCUGUGGACGGCCUACUCGGCUCGAUCGUCAACGGGGACUCGAAGAUAAACUUCCUGAUAGAUAAUCUCGGAAACAUUGUCCAGGAGGUCGAGGGCACGGCAGGCAAAUUGUUGGGUUCGAUCGUGGGUAACUACGAGCAGAACAUGACGUAUACGGGCGCGCAGGAGAUCUUGGACGGCGGUCUCAUCCAGAAGACAUAUAAGUACGACCCGCUGUCGGCGCUCGUCAAUAUCGUGUUCAAUUCUGCUGGGCAAGUAGUUCAGGCUGUUGUCGUAAAGGGCAACGGGGGCAAUGGAGGCAGUAGUGCAUCGUCAGCUACAGCUGUACCUACAAGCGGAGCCAAAGGAUAG